AUGGAAGGCGCCGCGGCGUUUGGAUCGCCCAACAACGGGGAAUCCCCCAAUCGCAACCCUAUCCCUGCUCAGUCUCCUUUGGAAGGAGAGAACUCUGCAGGUGCUGGUCAAGGUACCGUGCUCCCCGGUCCUUUGGUCCUUCCACAUCAAGCUGACGCAAUACAUCUAGGAGACGUGCAAAUGUCAGAAACCGGCGUUCAAGAAGCUGCCAUUAAGCAGGACACGUCCACGCCCAACCCUGCCAGUGCAUCUGAGAAUCCGCUCGAUGCGCCUGCAGCCCCAACCACCACCACCACCACCGCGCAACCCGACGAAGAGAUGGGCGACGCGCCAACAGAGGCCAAGGAGGGUGUUGAUGCGAGUGGAGUUGCUGCCGAGACUGAAGUACAAGAGACCAAGUCGAAGGAGACUCUCGAGUCAGCAGCUCGCGAUCACCUCAUUUCGCAGGCCCACGCCAUCGUUCUCCCUAGCUACUCGACUUGGUUCGACAUGAACGCCAUCCACGAGAUUGAGCGCAAGGCUAUGGCCGAAUUCUUCAACAACCGCAACCGAAGCAAAACCCCGGCUGUGUAUAAAGAUUAUCGUGACUUCAUGGUCAACACAUACCGGCUGAACCCUGUCGAAUAUCUCACUGUCACAGCCUGCCGUAGAAACUUGGCAGGUGAUGUUUGCGCCAUUAUGCGCGUGCAUGCUUUUCUGGAGCAGUGGGGUUUAAUCAACUAUCAGGUCGAUGCCGAGCAGCGCCCAUCCCCUGUUGGCCCGCCCUUCACUGGCCACUUCAAGAUCAUCUGCGACACGCCUCGCGGUCUGCAGCCCUGGCAGCCUUCUGCUGACCCUAUUGUCCUUGAGGGCAAGAAAAAUGCCGACACUGAGAGUAAGGCCAACGCGGCGGCACCCACCAAGGGCGACCUCAACCUCGAGAUUGGACGCAACAUUUACGAAGCCAACGCCAAGGGAGCGACAGUCAGCAAGACUGAAACCGGUGCCAAUGGCGAAUCUGCUGCCACAAACGGUGUAGCCGGCUCGCCCGAACUCACCAAGACACCGAUCGCCAAAAUUAACUGCCACCAGUGUGGCAACGAUUGCACUCGCGUCUACUACCACAGCAACCAGACGGACGCCAGCACAAAAGGCAAAUUUGAUCUGUGCCCAAGCUGCUUCACUGAGGGCCGACUACCGGCCAACCACACGGCCAGCAUGUAUGCCAAGGUGGAGAACCCUACCUACACUGCAACGAUCGAUCGUGAUGCGCCCUGGACUGAUGCCGAGAUUCUGAGACUUCUGGAAGGACUCGAGCGUUUUGACGAUGACUGGGGCGAGAUUGCCGAACACGUUGGCACCCGCACACGAGAGGAGUGCGUGCUGCAAUUCCUACAGCUGGACAUUGAGGAGAAGUACCUAGACGCGGAAACGCACAUCAAUGCGCCGGCCGGUCUCUCUCUGCUGGGUACCCAAGGUGGUCAGCUGCCUUUUAGCCAAGUAGACAACCCUGUCAUGUCAGUUGUCGGCUUCCUUGCCAGCCUUGCUGAUCCCGCCAGCACGGCUGCUGCGGCCAACAAGUCGGCCGAGGCUCUGAAACGGAACCUGCGCAAACAGCUGGAUGGCAGCAAGACUGCAACCAACGGUGGCAGUGCCGAGGCUGCAGAUGACAAGGAAAAGAGCGACUCUAUGGAUUUGGACGUGCGCAAGGAGGAGCCCGGUUCCAAGCUGUCAAAGGGCGCUGAGUUGGCAUCUAUCCCGCUGGCUUCCAUGGGAGCGCGUGCGGCGGCGUUUGCCUCUCACGAGGAGCGCGAGAUGACACGUCUCGUCUCUGCAGCGACGAAUGUCAUGCUGCAGAAGCUUGAGCUCAAGCUCAAGUACUUUGGCGAGCUGGAGGCUGUGCUUCGAGAAGAGCGCCGAGAACUCGAGCGGGGCCGUCAACAACUGUUUUUGGACCGUCUCGCCUUCCGCAAGCGUGUGCGGGAGGUGCAGAACGGAUUGCAGGCAGCGGCGGAAGCCGGAGGCGAACAAGCUGUACGCCAGGCGCAAGAGGCGAUGCGGGACGGCGAGUCGCUUGGAUUCCAAGCUGUGGCGGCCGGAGCCGGGUUGCAGGCGCCGAGUGGGGAGGGUGUAGUCAAGUCAUUCGAGGUGUAA